UAAUUGGAGUUGAAAAACUUGAGUUAAAAUUUCAUAUAGGAAGUAAAUGGUUAGUAGCUACCCCAAUGAUUUUAACUUAUUUAAUAGUGCAUUUAAUGAUGUCGAUAGCUAUUAGAAUAGAAUAUGUUGGGCCUAUACACACAUACAUUGUUCCAGGUUCAAAAUCUAUCAAAGGUGGAGAGUUUAGAGCUGAUCCAUUAAUACCAUGUAAGGUUGAGACAGGAUGUCCACAGCUAUUCCAAUCAAGAUUUAGGUUUCAAUGGUUACAGGGAGCUGCUGAUGUAAUGGUCAAUGGAAUUUCCAAGCAAUUAUCAUUGGUAGAAUCCAAGAAAGAAAUUAUUCCAGCUUUUAGUUUAACUACUUUAUGUAACCAAAAUACUCAAUUUCCAGAUUCGUCAAGUUUUCACAAUAUAAGCAUAUCAACGCCAACUCCAUUAAUACAAGCUAUACAAGCGGAUUCUGGGUUAGAAGGUCGGUGGAUGGCGGAAGUUAUUAAUCUUGAACAGGAUAACCUUAUGGAAACAACGCGAAUUACUGUCAAUUUAGUACAAAUAUCAGUUGCUAACUCAUCAUGUGAAGGGAAUAUUGAUAUAGUUGGAAAACUCCAGUUAUGUCAUCCGACUAAAGGUAUAAAUGUCGUUUGCUUGAUGAACACGCAUGUGGAAUAUGUAAAUUAUAUCACAGCUGGAUGUCAUACUUGUGAAACAAGGGGAAUUACUAAUUUGAAUAGAGUGGAAUAUUCAAGUCCAAAACCUGUUUAUGGUAAUUUUAUGCACACAGCUCUUGCAUCAUAUGGUAGUCAUAUUUUGAUACCUCAUUGUUCAUCAGAUAAUUCAGUUGGAGGGUGUUUGACUCAAAACGAUAAAAGCGUGGAUCAGGUACGAAAUCAAUUUGUUCAAUUGCUUCGGGGAAUUACUGCCUCUGGAGUUAUGGCAAGACGAAUUUUGUUAGCAGGUGAAGGUAUAGAUAUGCCAGUCCAAAAUUUGGUUAAAGGAGUAAUUGGGGAGAAAUUAGAAUUUGGAAUGGGAUAUUGGCUUACUAUAAUUGUAGUGAGUGGUCUAUUGAUUAUAUUAGCUCAGAAUCCAGAUGCAGACAAGACAUCCAAAGGAUAA